AUGAAAACUGUACCUGCUUCGCUGCUCAAGGCGCUGAUUAUUCAUAGUGGAGACUCCCUGCAACAGCGAAUGGCUACACUACCCGCAAGUGGCGUCGUCUCCUGCUCGAGCUUGGCUUCCGACGCAACCGAUGUAAAAUUCCCAGAUGUAUACCAGGGCUACGGCAAGCCGAAUCUUACCAACAUUGUGGAUUUCUCUGCUGUGAGCGGGAAUAGCAGCGGCAACAGCAGUGAUGACCUACCAUCUUUGUAUUUCUUACCAAACUCGACAGAAAACAGCGAGCCGGCCGUUGCCCACAACGGCGAGAUGGUGAUUUCGUUUACAGUCGCUCGUGAUGUGGAUUUACGCGCAACGCUCGUGUGGACGGACCCUCCAGGAUCAACCCAGGCGACGUCACAACUGCAGCACGAUCUAGACCUUAUUGUUCGUGUUCGCAAUGGCAAUCAGACGUUUGGUCCUUUGACAGCUGAUUCGAGCACGGGACGGGAUUCCAAGAACAACGUGGAGAUGGUUCAGGUCUCGUACGCUGAUCUCCUUGCUGCAGCUACUGGCAACAGCUCCAGCAGCAGUGGGAAUGUAACAAAUAGUCCAGCUCUCGGGAAGGACGGAGGGAUUGUGGUCGAAGCUGUCGUGUAUGGACGCAGCGUGCUGCUAGCGGACAAGCAGAAUUUUGCAUUUGUCGCUUCAUCAAGUGCCAUUGGCUCCAUGUCAGGGUCAUCGACUGAUACAGAUGACAGCGAACCAUUCUGGUCUGCGUGGGCCGUGGCCAUCAUCGUGGGGUGUACCUUAGUGUUACUGAUAAUUAUCGCCUUGGUCACUCGCUGGAUCCAUGGUCGAAGCAAGCAAGGUGCCGCCACUAGAAGGGCGCAGUACCCUGCGCAGGCUGGAAUCAUUGGCGCUGCAGAUCAUCCGGCCUACCAGGCGGCGACAUCGACGACUGGAGGUGAUCGAUGUCCGUACUGCCCGUUUGCCACACCAGAUGCUGUGAUGAUGGUCGCUCACGUCGAAUCCAUUCAUGCUAACAAUAAUGUCCCGGACGUUGUUGAAGCCCCCGAGAACCCGCUUGAACGGUCGAUCGCAGUGCUGGGAGGUAGCAGGAUAUUCGGCUUGGAGCCAGCAGUGCCAGUCGUGACGAUGCCUCCCACGGAAGUUCAGGCUUCCACAGAAUAUGAGAAGCAUAAGUGCCCCCACUGCCGCUUCGUCACGCUCGACGCCGUCAUUCUAGUGAACCACGUGCAGCAUAUGCACGCACAGUGAGGAGUAGGUUGAAGUUGCCGAUUUUUAGUUAUUCAAGUAAAUGUGUACCACAUUAAUUAGGUGCACACAUUCAAUUACAUGCUGACGAGCGUCCUAC